UUACGUUUCUCAAAUAUAUUAAGUGUUUAACGUUCAUUUAUAAAUAAAGUGACUUUUUUGGCGGGAACGCGAGGAGUGAAGUUGUGUGAUUUGUUUUAUUUUGUCUAUUUAGUGUUUCUUCAGGUUUAAAUGUGUAAUAACGGUGGUUUAUUAACUGUUUCAUAUCUGUGAAAGUGCACAAAUGUGGGAAAAUGAAACAAAGCUGCUGGACGUAACUUCUCGGGUUCCUCCAAAAAGUCCACUGAAAAAUCUCAGUAAAUGACCACCAUUUUACUGCGAUUAUAUUUCAUCCCAUAUCAUCUCAUUUCAUUAAAUUUCAUCCCAGUUGAUUAAUGUUUCAAAUUAAUCAUCUUCAUUUCAUUUCACUCCAUAUUAUCAUUUUUCAUAAAAUUAAGGAUAUAAAGUAAAAUAAGACAUGACUUAAAAGUCUUAGUUACACGUCAUAAAAUCUCUUAAAAAAAAAAAAAAGUAAAAACCUAAAUACAGAACAUCAGGAACAUAGAUUAUACACAUAAUAUAUUUGAGAAUCAGGAAUCAAGAUUCAGUUUUAAUGCAGUAAAUUUAGAUAAGUGUAUAAGCGUACAUUUAUGUAUUAAUAUAAAGAAUCAAUUUACAAAUCUUCGUUUGCAAUUGGUUUUAGUUGAUAGGACUAUUUCUAGGAUUCAAUAAAAAGUGAAAAAAUAUAAUCUUGUGGUUAUAUCUAACGUAUAUAAAGUAAAAUGGGUAGUGAUCGCCACCACAGUCCUGAGCGGUUUCGCAGUAGGAGUCACGAGAGACGUCGCAGUCGUGAUCGUCGUGAUCGGAGUAAAGAUCAAAGGAGAAACUGUAGUAGAGAGAGAAGUAAGGAUAGAACAGAAAGGCAUAGAGACAAGUACAAAGAACCAGAGAGACCGCGUAGAGAUUAUGACAGAGGGAAGAGUUCAUAUAGAGAGCAUAAUGGAGGAGGGCUUGGUGGAGGUCUUGGUGGUGGUCCUGGACCCAGAGGUCGGUAUAAACCUCAGGAAGAAGAAUUUUUGGAUGCAAGGCGAGAGGAGCGAGAACGAAUAGGCACACUUGGAGUUUCAGCUAUAUGGGGCAAGUCACCCACAAGGCCUGAUGAUACAGAAGAUGAACAACCUACAAAGCAAGACAGUUCAGAUCACAAACAUAAAAAAAAGAGCAAGAAAUCAAAAGAUUCCAAAGACAACACAAAGGUAAAAAAACUCAAAAAAAAGCUCAAAAAGAUGAAAAAGGCUCGAAAGAAAGCUAAAAAAAAAUCAAAAGGUUCCAGCAGUGACUCUAGUACAAGUGAAGAAGAGAUAUGGGUGGAAAAAGGAAAAGAGCAUGAAGUUCAACAGGCACAAUCAGAACUAUGUAAAGACAAUGAAGAAUUAUCUUCGGAGAUCAUUGGUCCAGAGGCUCGUGCGAUCGGCAGUGGAGCUCUCAGUGUUAGGGAGCUUGGUGGUGCUCUACUACCUGGAGAAGGUGCUGCCAUGGCUGCUUUUGUGGCAGACGGAAAGAGAAUUCCACGCAGAGGAGAAAUUGGACUUACAUCUGAUGAAAUUGCCUCCUAUGAAGCUGUUGGAUAUGUCAUGAGUGGGAGCAGACAUCGACGCAUGGAAGCAGUACGUAUCCGCAAAGAGAACCAGAUCUACUCGGCUGAUGAGAAGCGCGCCCUCGCCGCAUUUAGCAAGGACGAAAGGAACAAACGGGAAAACGCUAUCCUUAGCCAGUUUAGAGAUGUCCUCAAAGCCAGACAAAAACGAGAAACUUAGUACGAAUAAAUAUCUUGUGCCCCAGCAGAGACACCACUCAAUCAGGGUAUAACCCGUUUGAAGAUGGUACGCCGUUACAUUAUUGGGUUGCAAUAACCUUUUCAUCUGUAACAAAGUACACAACGAGGACUGAAAUCAACCUUUUAAUUAAUAUUUUGUGACAGGUUAUAUGCGUUUCUUUGUUGAAAAUUCCACAUUCUACCAGGUGGUAUCAUCACCUCUAUUCGUUUAGUACAGUAAAAAAAUCUCAAUAAAAAAA